CAUAGGGGUUUCUUUAAACUCUCUAUUCCUCUGUCUAUAUUCUGCUCUUUUGCAUUUACCUUAAAACAGAAGCAGAGAGCAAGAGAGAGAUCGCAGAUGGCUCGACAAGCCACAAGACUUAUCCCCAACUUGUCUUCAAAGCUUUGCCCCAACGCACACCACUCUCUCUCCUCGCCUUGUCAUUCUUUGUCGCAAUCUCGCCAUUUCGCGGCGGCUCCUUCACCUCCUCCGGCAGUUUUCGUCGACAAGAACACUCGCGUCAUCUGCCAAGGCAUCACCGGCAAGAAUGGCACCUUCCACACCGAACAGGCCAUUGAAUACGGCACUAAGAUGGUUGGUGGGGUUACACCAAAGAAGGGUGGAACAGAACACUUGGGACUUCUAGUUUUCAACACAGUUGCAGAAGCAAAGGCUGAAACAAAGGCCAAUGCAUCAGUGAUCUAUGUUCCCCCACCUUUUGCUGCAGCAGCUAUUAUGGAAGCAAUGGAGGCUGAAUUAGAUUUGGUUGUUUGCAUCACGGAAGGAAUUCCUCAGCAUGACAUGGUUCGGGUGAAGGCUGCUCUUAACAAGCAAUCAAAAACUCGGCUGAUUGGUCCGAACUGCCCUGGUAUUAUCAAACCAGGAGAAUGCAAAAUUGGAAUUAUGCCUGGGUACAUUCACAAACCAGGGCGUGUAGGAAUUGUUUCUCGAUCUGGUACAUUGACUUAUGAAGCGGUCUUCCAAACAACUGCUGUUGGGCUAGGGCAAUCAACCUGUGUAGGUAUUGGUGGGGACCCUUUCAAUGGUACAAAUUUUGUUGAUUGCAUGAAGAAAUUUCUUGCUGAUCCUCAGACGGAAGGUGUUGUUCUUAUUGGUGAGAUCGGUGGUACAGCAGAAGAGGAUGCAGCUGCCCUGAUAAAGGAAAGUGGGACUGAAAAGCCUAUUGUUGCAUUUAUUGCUGGGCUCACUGCUCCACCUGGCCGGCGCAUGGGUCAUGCUGGAGCUAUAGUAUCGGGAGGAAAGGGUACGGCGCAAGACAAAAUCAAGACCCUCAGGGAAGCUGGGGUGACAGUGGUGGAAUCUCCAGCAAAGAUAGGAACUGCAAUGCUGAAUGUCUUCAAAGAAAAGGGCCUUGUAUGAGUUUCCUAGUGUCCUGCGCAGAUAUGAGAAAUUACACUGCCUGAGGCUUUGAGGAGGAGGGAAUACCAUCUUUAGCGUAUAAUUACAAAGAUAUACGUUGAGGCACUUGCGUUCAUUGCAUUGUCCAUGAUUUGACCAUUGGAAGUUUUUAAAGGUAUAUUUCUUUCUUUGUAAUGUAUUUUUUUUCUUUUUCUUUUCUCAAAUUCUCUUGGAGAUCUGGAUAUAUUUUGGAAGUGUACCUUGGAGUUGGGACAAUUUUGGUAUUUUCGUAUGCAUCAUACAAGUCAAACUUCCCGGUCAA